UAUAUCUUCAUCUUGAUCAUAAACUUUAUCAUGAUUUUGUGCUACAUGGAUACUAGUGGAACUCAACAAGGAGCAAACAUGGUCAUGGACAACACCUUGAUGCAUGUCCGCCAUGGUUGCAAACUUGCAGAUGAGCUAAGACGUUGCCUUCCAGACAUGGCAAGGGAACCUCAUCUUUUGUUACAAGCUUGCGAAGAAAUUGUCAGCACCUUCAACAAAGCCAUCCAUGGAGUCAUCUCUCAGCCUGUCUUUUAUUUCCCAGUGACAGGGAACACGGACAAGCUCCAUCAAGAUCCUUACACUAGCUUGGGGAUUCUAUGGCCAAGCUCUGGUUAUCCUUCUACUCAAAUCUUAGAGGCCGACACCAUGAUCGGAAGCUCAUCAGGAGUUAACCAGAGACUGGGAGAUAAGUCGAGUAAAAGGCCAAAGAAUAAAAGGAAGGAUGGUGAAGGCAUGCAUACUGUUAGGGUUCCAGCACCGUUCUCCGGCAACACUGAAAUCCCACCGGACGACGGCUUUACGUGGCGUAAAUAUGGGCAAAAAGACAUCCUUGGAUCUAGAUUUCCAAGGAGCUAUUACCGUUGUACUCACAAGACAUUUUAUGGGUGUAAUGCAAAGAAGAAAGUGCAAAGAUUGAAUGAAGAUCCCUUAACUUAUGAAGUUGCAUAUAGUGGUAACCACACUUGCAUGACCACCACCACGCCAGUGACUAUCCCCGGGGUGCCCGGAGAGUUAGACACCGGAGUUUCAUCCUCAAUUUCUACUUCAAUCCCUUUGGGAACGUGGUUUAUGGGUAAUAUAGAAGGUACUCAAAGAGGGAACACCGAAGAGCAUGCCGGAGGAGAUGCGGAUUAUCAGCCAUCUGAUCUUGCCGAUGAGCUGUUUAACUCUCUUGGCAGUAGAAGUACUAUGGAGGGCAUUUUUCCAACCAAGCAAGACAAGUGAAGAGCAUCAAAGUGAUAUUGUUUGGAUGAAUUACAUGCAACACACACACAACACACACACAUACAUAUAUAUGAUCUUAUAGAAAUUAAUUUCAGCAUUUGUGAGAAUUAUUUAGGGUUUGAGUGGUAACUGAUAAGAAUGGAAGGGAGAUGUAGAUUUUAGAAGAUGAUGUUAGUUGAAGCUAUCCAUCUCCAAGAAAGUUAAGAAACCAUUUUGGUUGCAAAUUAAUACCUAGUGGUGAAGAUUAUUGUGUUUGGAUUAUCUUAAGAGAUUUUCUUUUCUAGUAUUAGCAUUUGUUGUAUGGCAAAAAAUUUGAAUCAAUAAGAUU